AUGGCCCAAUCUUCGGUCCCCGACGAGCGGCCCGCGGAGUUGCCAGCGGAUUCUCAUCGACCGUCGCGGGCGCAAGAUCAUCUGCGCCCAUUCCCACCGGCCGCCGCAACUCCGAUAGCCCACCGCGGGCCCGGGACGACACCAGACCAGAACGGAUCGACGAAUGGACACGCGAGCAAGACCACCGGUGACACAGGCGAGAACUACGAGGAGAUUCCUCCCCUUCCAGAGGUCAUCGCGCGCAUCCACACUCGUGUCCAAGCCUUCCUCGCCGAGACACACCCACCUGAUUCCCUCUUAGCCUCGGUUCAACAGCAGACACGCACCUCGCUCGAAGUGGUCGCAUCGGCCUUGACCCGGUACAAGCUCUCAGAGCUAUCUCUUUCCUACAAUGGCGGCAAAGACUGCCUCGUCCUCUUGGUCCUAUUUCUAGCAGGCCUUCAUCCGUACAGCAGCCACGUUCAAGACCACACCACACAACCAUCGCAAAGCGGAGGCACAGUUUCCAAAGAGAAGCUUUCCAACCCCGUCAUCCCAUCUAUAUAUGCCCUUCCACCGGAUCCUUUCCCAGCCGUCGAAGAUUUCGUUAUCACCUCCGCUCAAGCUUACCACCUCGCAAUAACAAAAUACACCACCGAACCACCGCGCACAACCCUCCGCUCCAGCUUCGAAGACUACCUCUCCCGCCACCCCGGUAUUCGAGCCAUUUUCGUUGGAACCCGGCGUACCGACCCGCACGGGGCACGGCUGACGCACUUCGACCGGACGGACUCCGGCUGGCCCGAUUUCAUGCGCAUUCACCCCGUCAUCGACUGGCACUAUGCCGAGAUCUGGGCAUUCAUUCGGCAUCUCGGACUAGAAUAUUGCUCGCUCUAUGAUAUGGGAUAUACCAGCCUGGGCGGGACGUCGGACACGCAUCCAAACCCGCGUUUGCAGGUGGAGAGAUCCGGCAGCGAUGGCCAGUAUCUCCCCGCCUAUGAAUUGACCGAGGAUUUGGAGGAGAGACUGGGUAGGAAAUGA